CCUCCUACAGGAGAACAAAACGGAAACAUGCGACGUAUGACCUGUCAUAUGUGUGAAGAACAGGAGACAGAGGGACAGAGACCGAUCCACAGUCUCCUCCUACAGCAGCUAGACACGGACGUCAAUAUAGACAGAUGUGUUGUCAAGAGGAAGUGUUUUGCCCCUGCAGCGUUGUACAAGCCUUUGGGGAUAGGCUGCCUGGGGUCACAGGGUGUGUGUGCCCCCGGGGAGUGGCAGCAGCGUCUGCAGGUGAUCCAGGACAAGAUGGCGGCUCGGGCAGAGCUCAUGUCCAAUCCACAGCGCUUCUCAGCCAGCCGACCCCUGUCCCGCAGAGAGAUGGAGAUUGAGAAGGCCCUGUUCCAUGGCAAUGACCGCCUGGGCUUCCUCACUGCACUCUAUCACCAAGGUGGGAGGAUGUUAUACAAUGCUAAGUGUCUGGUCGUUCGCACUGCAACUUCCAUAGACCAAGAGGUUAGAAAGCCUGAAGGAGUUAGAACGAAAAUUAGUUUUGGAGGAGGUAUAAAAUAUGAUUUUCUAGACACUGAAACGCCCCAGAGAGCCCUGGAGAUAGUGAAUGGGUACUGGUUGCUAGGGAAAUCUCUGGUGAUUGAGUUUGGCCGAGAGCGGCGGGUUGAGAAUAAACCGAAAAGGGAGGAGGAGAAAAGGAGGAUGUAGUGAUCUCUGACCCUCUGUAGACUCUACAGCCUCAACACAGGCUGAGUCGUUAAUAAGAGACAGACAACUGAUGUCAAAGGAGGAGAGUGGUAGGUACUACUCAACUCAAUGACUGAGGUUUGACAUUUCUGGUCAUUGUGCAAUUUGUUGUGUGAAGGUCAAUUAAAAACAAAUGUGGUUUUAUUUGUAUUUUUGUCCUGGAUGUUAGUGGAUUUUAUGUGUUAUCGCUUUGGCUGUGUUUGAAAUGUGAGUUAUAUAAACCCAAC